AGACCGCAUCUGACGUCUGGGGGACCGGUCCUGGCGUCUGCCCCCGCCCCCCGGGGUCCGCGGCUGACAGUGACCUCGGCGUCUGCCGGCGGCGGCGGGUGCUGCCGCCCCGCCCCCCGGUCGGCCGGGUCAGCCGCCCGAGCCGAGACCGGUACCCACCGGUCACCAGUCGUCUGCCGAGAGUGGCCAGGUGCAGUCGUGCGCUGCCGCCGCUGUGACACCCCCACACCGUCGCCAUGGCCCCGCCGGAGUCGUUUUCGCAGCUGCUGGACGGCCUGAUACAGCGGAGGGAUCCGCGCACCAGGGACUACCUGAUGCAGGCCUCCCCUGUGCCCCUGGGGAUCGCACUAGCUGCCUACCUGGUGCUGGUCGGCUACGGACCGCGCUUCAUGAAAAACCGACCAACGCCGCCGCUGCGACUCACCAUGAUGCUCUACAACAUUGGACAGGUGAUUCUCAGCGGGUACAUGAUGUGGGAGUUCCUGGCCAGCCGUCCGCGGCACAGCUGGGCCUGUGCGCCCGUCGAGGUCACGCCCGACCCCGUCUCCCUUCGGCUGGUCAACGCCUGCUGGCUCUUCCACGUCAGCAAGCUGGUUGACUUCCUGGACACGGUGUUCUUGGUGUUGAAGAAGGACAACAAGCGGAUGACAUACCUGCACGUCUACCAUCACGGGUCGAUGGCGUCCGGCUGGUGGAUCUGCACCCUCUACCUCCCCGGCGGCUCGUGCUGGAUCCCGGGCGCGCUCAACAGUUUCGUGCACUGCGUUAUGUACAGCUACUACCUGCUGGCCAGCCUGGGUCCGCGCGUGCGGCCCUACCUGUGGUGGAAGCGCUACCUCACCCAGCUUCAGCUCACUCAGUUCGCCAUCAUCCUCUUCAUGGCGCUUCUUAUCCAGAGUCCCGGCAUGCGGUGCGGCAUGCCUCCGUACAGUACGGCCAUGACGAUGAGCUACCUGGUGGUGCUCACCAUCCUCUUCGCCAACUUCUACAUCCGCUCGUACGUCGGCGUGGUCAGCAAGAGCGGCUCCGGCCACUCCCCUGCCAGCAUCUCCAACGGCACCGUCGCCAGCUCGUCCGGCGUGGCCACCAGCCUGAAGAAGGCGCCGGUCAACAUCUUCACCUGGACGAGGAACGUGCUGCUGACCUACGGAGUCGGCUGCUUCACCGACCAGAGCUGAACGCGAUCCAGCUGAAGGAGUGGUGCUCUCUGGAUGUGUAGGAGUCCUUGGCCAGGCUUGCUGAAGCGCACGGGCGCAAUCGGGUGACAAUAGCCAUGGCUCAAAUGUAGAUAGUAGUGCAGAUGUUGCUGCUGUUUCGUGUGCUGAUGGUAUUGCCGGUUUCUGCCGUCAGCACCAGCAUUAGAUCAGGUCCCUGCUUUGGCCCUUCUGUAACGCCCUGGCGACCAACCGUAGUUCUUCGACAACUACGCAAAAGGCUGAACCAGUACAGAAUACCAGCGGUAUUUGUGUGCAUGUGGGGCCAGCCAAUCGGCGACCAGAGAGAGACAGUAACGGGGUUCGCGGGCCAUUACGAGGUGCGUGCGCCGUGCCUUCAUCGCGUUGCGGAGUGGUUGAAUGGGUGACAAAUGUGGCGACGUGCGCCCCAUUCGCCCAUCGUCGGUAGUGUGUGCUGAGUGACACGCGCUGAAAGACUGUGAAUGUGACGGAGACGCGCCGCGUGGACAAUGUAGCAUUUAGUGAUUGGCACUCGACGAAUUUGGGUGCUUUGUGUUUGCUCAACCGACCAGCAGUGUGAUGAAUGAGUGCUGUUGUGCUAAUAUGUCUGCAAUUCAACGAAUGUGCUGCACGAUUGCCAUCCUGGAGAUUGGACGUGCAAAGUUUUCUUGGUGAAUGUCUGCUGCCAGUUGCUGGUUGGACUUUUUCUACUUUGCAUAGAUGUUUUUUCAUUUGUUGCAGCUAGACUGACAGAUUGUUGCGUCGUGCAAUCUGUUUCUCGCAUUAUGAAACAUUAAUAAACAUAAAACAUAAACAUUAAUAUAUAGAAACAUUAAUAAGUUUCUCGCAUUAUGUCCGCUCAAUGUGUAUAAGCUGAAUUGCGCAAGUUUUGUGAAUAUUUGUGAUCAUUCUAAGUCUUCAGACGUUGCCAUUUUAGACGUAAGAACACAUCCGAUCAAUCUGAGGUCGUGUCACUUUCCACUGCUAUGUAAAUGCCAGGAACAAGGGAUACAUUCAAAGGUGAAAAGAACAUCGUGCACGUUUUACCAGAGUGAGCCUUUUGAAUAUCCUGCUUUCUCACUUUCGCGUAAAGCUGCUUCCUGCAUAGUUUUAAAACGUUUUACAUGUACCAUCUACUCCUGUUCGCUUCUCCCAUUUCGUAUAGAAAUGGCGUCGGCAUGCAAGUGAAGAGGAAUGAGCCGAAUACAAAAAUCGCUAUCAAUGACGCGAAUAUGUGAGCAACUGAGCAAAAUUACUAAUGCCCUUAUAUGCGUCGACAUAUGAUCAUGUCUCCAGCAUUCAGAGAUGCGCCAAGAUAGCUUUUCAAGCUUGCCAUCCACAUCGUAUAUCAAAAGUGACGGCCUCGCCCAGAAUUGUACCUACCAUGAAUAAUACAUGAAUGUAUUGUGUGUAAUUCCUUGUGCCUGUCACUGCCAAUACAUUGGGUUACGGUGCAAGGAAAA